AUGCCCGAGUCAUCUUCCUUCUUCAUCCGCGCAGCGCAGCCUGGCGACGAGGAGACCAUCCGUAAGCUCAUCUACGAGCUGGCGGUCUACGAAAAGGCACCCGAAUCGGCCAAGGCAACGCCCGAGCUCCUUCACAAGAGUUUGUUCGAAGACAAACUUGCCCACGCAUUACUCGCCUUCUCCGGUAGCGAAGAGCAGCCGGGCGACGCAGUCGGUCUGGCCUUGUACUUCUUCAACUUCUCGACGUGGACCGGUCGUCCAGGCCUUUACCUCGAAGACUUGUUCGUGAUGCCUUCUCAUCGGGGCGGAGGCGUCGGAAAGGCGCUCUUCUCAAGGCUUGGUGCAGUCGCACAGGAGAAGGGAUGUGCCCGCAUGGACUGGGUUGUUCUGAACUGGAAUCAGCCAUCGAUAGACUUCUACCGUCACAAGCUGGGAGCCAUAUCGAUGGACGAAUGGACAGGGAUGCGUUUGGAGGAGGACGGGAUUGAGAGACUGAAGAACCUGAAGUAA